AUGAUUUUGAGUACAGACAAGAUAGAACAGUUGAAAAAGACCAAAACGAUAGGGAUUAUUGGUCUUGGGGAUAUGGGAGCACUUUAUGCUCGUAGAUUCUCACAAGAUGGAUGGAAAGUUGUGGGUUGUGAUAGAGAAGAAAUCUUCGAACAAACAGUUGAAAAAUUCCAAAAUGAUAAAGUAGAUAUAUUUAAGAAUGGACAUUACGUUAGUAGAGUGAGUGAUUUUAUCAUUUAUUCAGUGGAAGCCAAAUUCAUAGAUAGAAUUGUAUCUAUUUAUGCCCCUUCCUCCAAAGUUGGUGCAAUUGUUGGAGGUCAAACAUCAUGUAAAGAACCAGAAAUUCAAGCAUUUGAGAAAUAUUUACCCCCAGAUACUGAUAUCAUAUCAUUACAUUCAUUGCAUGGACCAAGUGUCAGUACAGCAGGACAGCCAUUGGUUUUAAUUAAACAUCGUGGUAAUGAUGAAAAUUUCGAUUUCGUGGAGAGUUUAGUAUCAUGUUUGAACUCUAAACAUGUCUAUUUAUCAGCCAAAGAACACGAUCAAAUAACUGCUGAUACUCAAGCAGUCACACAUGCAGCAUUUUUAUCCAUGGGGACAGCUUGGAAAUCUGCCAAUCAAUAUCCUUGGGAAACUCCUAAAUGGUCAGGGGGUAUUGAAAAUGCUAAAAUGAAUAUUUCAAUGAGAAUCUACCUGAAUAAAUGGCAUGUUUAUGCCGGUUUAGCCAUCACAAACCCUUCGGCCCAUGUCCAAAUUUUGCAAUAUGCCAAGUCAACAUCGGAUUUAUUCUCUUUAAUGAUUCAAGGUAAAAAGCAAGAGUUACAAGAAAGAUUAUUAACAGCUAAAAACCAUAUAUUUAAGAAUGUUAACCAUAGUCAAUUACUUCUAAACGAUGAAAUAUUAGAAAAGUAUUCAUUGAGUAAAGAACCUCCUGGUGGGAAACAACCAAAUUCACAUUUAUCAAUUUUAGCCAUAGCUGAUAGUUGGUGUCAACUUGGGGUUGUUCCUUACGAUCAUAUAAUUUGUUCUACUCCAUUAUUUAGAAUUUUCCUUGGUGUGACAGAAUACUUAUUUUGUACUCCAGGAUUACUCGAAGAGUGUAUAGAAGUUGCAUGUAAAGACCCUACAUUUAGGCAUGAAGAUUUGGAAUUUGUAGUAGCAGCUAGAUCGUGGUCAGAUUUAGUAAGUAGUGGAAGUUUUGAUUUAUAUCGUAAGAAAUUCGAAGAUAUCCAACAAUUCUUUGCACCAAAAUUCAAAGAAGCUAAUGCUGUUGGUAAUGAAAUGAUCAAAAUUAUUUUAGCUAGAGUUAAAGAAUAUGAAAAUUGA